AUGAGUGGACCGAUGUUCAAUAUCCCCAAAACAAAGAGGAACAUCCCCACCUUAACCAUCAAUACUGAAGUUAAUGAUGACAGCAGUAACAGUGGUAGUGAUAUAAUAUCGGGAAUAUCCAACCGAAGUCCAGGAAUAAGUCCCGGGAAAAAGUUAAAACGGAAACCUCCUCCUAUUGAUUUUUCCCAAAUAAAUGGAUCAUUUUCCAGUGAAUCCAAAAGUAGUGAUAAUCUUAGCGUGAAUUCAUCUUUCGUCCAUAAUGCUACCACCACCAACAACCUCCCACCGACCUUUGAAGGUCCUCAAGACCAAAUUAAUGAUAAUGAUAAUGAUAUUUAUGACAAACCUUUGGAAGAUAUUUCCAGUGAACAAUGGCAGAGGCUAGCUAGUGACAAGAGAAUCAUCGAACUAAGUAAAUUAGGUGAAGGAAACGGAGGUGCAGUAUCCAAAUGUAAAUUAGAUAAAGGUAAUAAGGUAUUUGCCCUUAAGCUCAUCACCACCGACGUCAAUCCCGACGUGCAAAAACAGAUUUUAAGAGAGUUACAAUAUAAUAGGAAGAUUAAUAGUGACAAUAUCGUUAAAUAUUACGGGACAUUUUCCAUUGACCAGAGUUUAAUUGGUAUAACUAUGGAAUAUAUGGGUGGAAAGUCAUUGGACGCGGUUUAUAAGAAAGUUAUAGAGAUCGAUGCAUCCAAUCGUAUUAAUGAAAAGGUGUUGGGGAAGAUAGCCACCAGCAUUUUGAAAGGGUUGAAUUAUUUACAUCAACAAAAGAUCAUUCAUAGAGAUAUCAAACCCAGUAAUAUUCUUUUGAAUUAUGAUGGACAAGUAAAGUUGUGUGAUUUUGGUGUUAGUGGUGAAGUGGUUAACUCCUUAGCAACUACUUUCGUGGGGACACAAUAUUAUAUGGCACCAGAAAGAAUUAUGGGUAAACCUUAUACGGUAAAUUGUGAUGUUUGGUCGUUGGGAUUAACUUUACUCGAAGUCUCAUUAGGAAAGUUCCCAUUCUUCGAUAUAGAUGGUACGAAUAAUAAUAACAUUGGUCCUAUUGAGUUACUUCAACUCAUCCUUGACUAUGAACCUAAAUUGAUCGAUUUACCUGAAGAUAACAUAUUUUGGUCUGAAUCAUUCAAAAACUUCAUUUAUUAUUGUUUGAUCAAAAAGAUUGAAGAUAGACCAAGUCCUAGACAAAUGCUACAACAUCCAUGGAUUUUAAAUCUGGAAAAGAUUAAUGUCAGGAUGGAUAAGUUUGUAAAACAAUUAUGGAAUUUAUAA